UGUAAAAAUAUGUAUGUUAAUCUCAAAAUUUAAUAUAGACGUUUCACUGAUUGCACAAUCUUAAGAUCACGAAAUCUGAUUUAAAAUCUUGAAUUAUCGAGUGGUGGCUUUCUAGAAAUUUCUCAAAACUUUUUUUCCAAGUCUAAGGAGAAGCAAACGCAUCUUCAGCGAAAUCUGAAUUGUGGCAGUUGAGAUCAUGAAUAUCUGAAAAAAUUUAUCUAUAGAAGAAUUCUAGAAAUGUGACGCAUCUUUGGUCUUUCGGUGUAUUAUUAAAAUUGGUCGUCGCAACCACUAUUUGUAAGCAGUAUUGCAUCAUAUUCAUAAUGAUACGAAACCAGAGACGGCAACAGGGGCUGGAGUAUGGGAUAUUUCUGCUAUGUAUGCAGGCCCUUAAUUUUGGAAUUGAUAAAAUACCACCUGCUACUUUGAUUGGAGUCAUUGGGCAGACUUUACUGUACACUGGACUGAUACAGGUACCAUGGAAUGCAGAGGAUGUAUGUAUAUCAGCCGUGAAGAUAAUCAAGUACAAGAACUGGCGAUCGUUCUUUCUUUCCAACUUUGAACAUGGAUCUGAUAUGCAUUUAUAUUAUAACAUGAUUUCUUUCAUUCUGAAAGGCUUUUACCUGGAGCCUAUUUAUGGCACAAUGAAUUUUAUACUGUUACUCAUUAUAUUGUCCACUGGAUGUAGCGCUAUGUAUGUAUUCCUAGGAUACAUACUGAUGCAGUUAACGGGAGAUUAUGGAUAUUUUACGACAUGCGCCAUCGGCUUUUCCGCCACGUUAUUCGCGUUGAAGGUAGUCGCAUUAUGCGAAGAACACGACAGGAUGCACAAUAUCAAUGGGUUCAUAGUACCAAGUAAAUUAGCGGUAUGGCUCGAGUUGAUAUUGAUACACCUGUUGGUCCCAAACUCUUCCUUCGUAGGCCAUCUAGGGGGCAUUUUAGUUGGAUGUUUAUAUUCUUAUACAUUUAUAGGAGAAAAAAUUGAUAACUUGAUAUAUGCGCUAACAGGUAUACCUAUUAUACACGAAGAACAGUUUUAUAGAAGACGAAACGGGUUAUUUACGUAGUAUUUUAUCACUUUCAUUUGUUUAACAUGUCUCUGUGGUCCUAUUUAAAUUUGCACAAUG